ACACUUUAUGUUACAGUUUGAUGCGCCCUGACGCGCUCAGACGCGGAACAGAAGGUGAACGUUAAAUUAGGGACCGACAAAAAGAACUGGAAAAAGUUAGUCCACGGAGAGAAGCGCAGCUAACAGGAACUUAUAAUGUCUAAAUCCGCCCCCUAUCAGGCGAACACACGGAGGUCCUCUGGUGUGGCACGUGGAAACAGACCACCGGAGCUGGAGCUGUCGGAGACCAGUUUUAAAGAAAGGACACAACUGGGCAACGAUACUUUUUCUGAAAGAGACCAAAUGCAAGGGGACGGUAAAAGUCGCACCGAGGUGCCCACUGUCAACCUCCACCCUUACUUAUCACAUCCUCGGAUGUCUGUACGGAUGUCGGUGUACAGCACCGGGGUCCGACCAGUCCUGACCCGCGCCUACAUCCAAGGACGCGUGUAUAACUUUCUGGAAAGGCCGUCUGGCUGGAAAUGCUUCGCCUAUCACUUCACAGUGUUUCUUAUAGUUCUGUCUUGUCUGAUCCUGAGUGUCCUCUCUACCAUUCACGAGUACCAAGGCCUGGCUCACACUACACUUUUCUGGGUGGAAAUCAUCCUCGUGGUGUUCUUCGGUGUGGAAUAUUUUGUCCGCCUCUGGUCAGCAGGCUGCCGCAGUAAAUAUGUUGGCAUCUGGGGGCGACUGCGCUUUGCCAGGAAGCCGAUAUCUAUUAUAGAUCUGAUUGUAGUCGUUGCCUCAGUAGUUGUCUUGUCAGUGGGUUCUAAAGGACAGGUGUUUGCCACCUCUGCUGUAAGAGGGAUUCGCUUCCUACAGAUCCUGCGUAUGCUUCAUGUUGACCGGCAGGGAGGAACCUGGCGUCUCCUGGGCUCUGUUGUCUUCAUCCAUCGGCAGGAGCUGAUCACUACCUUAUACAUUGGCUUCCUGAGCCUGAUCUUCUCCUCAUACUUUGUCUACCUAGCAGAGAAAGACGCAGUUGAUAGCAACGGCUCUCUUGAGUUUGGAAACUACGCAGAUGCUCUGUGGUGGGGAGUGGUGACAGUGACUACCAUUGGCUAUGGAGACAAAGUGCCACAAACCUGGAUUGGAAAGACCAUUGCAUCCUGUUUCUCAGUCUUUGCCAUUUCUUUCUUUGCUCUGCCCGCAGGAAUCCUGGGCUCAGGCUUCGCCUUGAAAGUGCAGCAGAAGCAAAGACAGAAACACUUCAAUAGACAGAUCCCUGCAGCUGCCUGUCUCAUUCAGACAUCAUGGCGAUGUUUUGCAAUUGAGAACUAUGAGUCGGCUACAUUCAAGAUGUUUUUGAGGAAAAGAUCCAACAUCCCUGCCUCCACUUUGUCCACCCCCAAGACUAAGAAAUCGGUGAAGAUAAGGAGGAAGAUGAAGAGCUCUGACAAGGACAAUGGUCUGACUUCUCCCACAGUUCCCAGCAUCACCUUUGACUCUGUGUUUGACAGUGGGAAGGAGCUCAGUUCAGAUGUUUACAGCACUGUGGAAACAGAUCACCAGCAGUCUUGGACGUCUCUAUCUUCCCUUCAGUUCAGCUCUCCUCCUCCAGUAAAAAGAAACCCUGGCCUUUUGGAUGUCCAGUCCCCUGACCCCCUCCAGAGGAAUUGUAGCUUUGCAGACGACCUGGAACUGGAGUCAGAACGAGACAGUGAGCUGACCCCUGUCACCUCUGUGUCACAAUUGACAGAGUCACACCGCAAAGCCAUCAGGGUGAUACAGAGAAUGCGCUACCUUGUGGCCAAGAGGAAUUUUCAGCAAGCACGUAAGCCGUAUGACGUGCGAGAUGUGAUCGAGCAAUACUCUCAGGGCCACCUCAACCUCAUGGUGCGAAUCAAGGAGCUGCAGAGAAGACUGGACCAGUCUUUAGGGAAGAUAACUUUGUUCCAGACAGGCUCGGACAGAACCAGAGACAAAGGCAACAACUCCAUUGGCUCCAGACUCAACAGGAUGGAGGAUAAGAUAACGCACAUGGAGCAGACACUGAACCACAUUGCACAGUCCCUUACCUUCCUGCUGGACCAGAGAGAUGUUGCAGGAGGCGAAGGUGGAGGCAAGCAGAGGCCACGGCUCAGCCGGACCUGUAAUGUCCUCCUGAGCCAGGACAGCCUGCCGAGCUAUGACCAGCUGUCUUCAUCACCUCCGUCCUUCUCUUCCAACACAGCCAGCACAGCGGCCUGCAACAACCCGACCCUCAGUACUGUUCCCAGUCAGGAUGAGAACUGCUGAAACCUGAAGACCACAUCCACAUCUUUCUCUUUCUCCAUACAUGCGUCGAUCCCAUGUAGCAGCUGCUGCUCUGCUAAAUAGUGGCAUGAUGUGUAUGUGACAUAUAACAUGAAAGAAUAACAGCAAAUCAUUCAGCAUGCAAAGAAACGAUUUCACUGUGAGAUUUUCUGUUUAAAUGUUGUACUUGAAAGGCAUUCAGGUUCAUUCCAAAGACACUGCUACGACCACAGCGUCAUGUUAAAUCACAAUACAUGACGCCUUGGUCAUCAUCUUAUGCAUUUGAAAAUGUACGUUUUAGAAGUUUUAAUUAUAUUCCAUUCAUCGUAGGGAAGAGAGGCCUUACACGUCACUUGAAAGGUUCCAGUUUAAUCAAAUGCUGUUUUCACGAUAGUUUUACUUCACUUUUUGGUGACUGUAGAGAGAUAUUCUUCUGUAGCAAUAAAAUGUUAUUAUUA